GAGCCAGGUUACUAUAGAAACAGUUUUGUUUACUAAGCCGGUUCAUGUGGACAGCAGAUCAAAAUGGCUGAAAUACAGUUGGAAAUUAUUGGUUUAUUAAAAACGCAAAAUUUUCAUUCGGCUAAAAGUGUUGCAGAGGGACUGAAACACAAAUUCCCAGCCUCAUUUGCUGACCCUAUCAUUCACCCGUUGCUUGAAAGUGACUGGAAUGUCUACAUGAGGAAUAAAAGAAAGGAGCUGAAGGGGGAGAUGUGGCACUACUCCGGUAAUGUCCUGUGCUUGCUGAACGAGAGUUUGCUGGGCGAUGAGAAGCAGCUGGUCAGUUGGGCGGAGAAACAGUGGACAUUCACCUUCUACCGUCCACACGCGCUGUACGCGGCUCUCGCGCAGGAGUAUUACACCAAGCACCUGCUCAGCACAGGGCAUAUCUUUGUAUAUAUGGAUGUUGUGAUUGGAGACGAGGCAGUUGGACGAAUGCUGUUUGAGCUCUUUUCAGAUCUGUGUGCAAAGACAUGUGAAAACUUUAAAGCCCUGUGUACUGGAGAGGCAGGCACUUCUCAAAGCCAACUCACACUUUGCUAUAAGGACUCCUUAUUCCACAGAGUCGUGCCGAAUGGCUGGGUACAGGGAGGAGAUAUUACACUACAAUGCAGAGGUAAUGGUGGGGAAUCCAUCUAUGGACCAACAUUUGAAGAUGAGAAUUUCUCAGUGUCUCACAACAAGCGAGGUAUCCUGGGCAUGGCUAACCGAGGUCCUCACACUAACAGCUCUCAGUUCUACAUCACACUACAGCCAGCGCUGUGGAUGGACCAAAAAUAUGUGGCCUUUGGGCAACUUGUUGAAGGCACAGAGGUUCUCAGGAGACUAGAAGAGGUUCAAACUAAUAACGAAAGGCCCAAACAGGACUGCAGGAUAGUCACAUGUGGACUAUUUAAUCCUUGACCAAUUGUCAUGGUGUAAGAUUCAGCUGUGCUGUAUACCAGGAUCUUACUUCAAAGCCUUCACAUUAAAAAUAACCCUGUAGAAGGUUUUGUAUUUUACUUCAGUUAGUUUAUGGUCAUUCAUCUGAGUGGUCAUUCUUCUAAAUUAGGUCAGACAGGAUAACUUUACACUGUUAGGAAUGCAGUUAAAGAACUUACUUAAGCCAUAAAGCUGUUAUCUGGCAUCUGCACAGGAAUAAACUUUUGCUUACUAAAGGAAGUAUGUGUGUUCAUCCCAUGAAUAAUUUUAUUUUGGAUAUUCUAGCACAGUAAAUUACCUGGUGAUCUAUUAUUCAUGCUACAUGAUACUGUGUGGAAAAAAUAUGAUUGUAAAUUGUAUAUGUACAUAAACAUACUCUCUUAAUAAAGACAACAGAGUCGCA